AUGAAGCAUCAUCGUUAUUUCAUUGCAUGCAUUUUGCCAUUUCUGUUCCCAUAUUCCGUUUUUGGUGAAGAGAAUGUCCAAGUUCAUUUACAAGAAGGCAGUGAUUUCCUUUCCAACGGUCAAUUCACUAACGCUUUAAGCAGUUUCGAUGCUGCUAUUCGUAUGGAGCCCGAUAAUUAUUUGACAUACUUCAAGAGAGCCACAGCCUAUUUGUCUUUAGGGCGUAAUAAUGCAGCUGUUGAGGAUUUUACAAAGAUUCUAGACUUGAAGCCUGAUUUUGAUAAAGCUUUAUUGCAACGAGCGCGCAUCUAUGCUAAGGAUGGUCAAUUUGAUUUAGCUAUUCAUGAUUUAGAAAAGUAUUUAAAGACGAAUAAGAAGGAUGAGGAGUCGAAGAAUUUGUUAAGUCGAAUGAAAGCUGCCAAACAAGCUGCUAAGCAAGCUGAGAUGGAAAAGGAAAAAGGAAACUUUGAUCAAUGUAUUGAUCUUGCUACUACCGUCUCUCGUGUUUCUCCAACCUAUAUUUAUGCACGUUUAAUAAGAGCUGAAUGCCAUGUGGCUAAAGGCGAAAUUGAUGAAGCAGCUGGUGAUUUUGCUCGUGUUGCACAGUUGAACCCAUCCGAUCCAGACAUAUUGAUCCUGUUAUCGAAGAUCAACUUCUAUUCACUUAAUGAGCGUCAAGGUGCCUUGAAGCACAUAAAACAAUGCUUACAUUAUGAUCCUGAACAAAAGCAAUGCAAAGCUCUAUUCAGAAAGAUGAAAAAAUUAGACAAAGAGUUGACAAAAAUUGAAAACGAUAUCAAUUUGAAAAAGUACACAACAGCUGCUAAUUACUUAAUCGGCACAGCUAACCGUGAGGGUAUUUUAAAAAAUGUUGACGCUGAAUUCGAGGCAUUUGAAAAAGAAAUGAAAUCUAGUAAACUGCCACGCAAACUACACUUCAAUGCUUAUCAGAUGGCUUGUAAAAUCUACGGUUCUCAGAAAAAGGAAAACAAAAACGAGGAAAAGAUUGAAACUUGGUGUUCUAAAGUAUUAGAAAUUGCUGAUGAUUUGGAUGCGUAUACUUACCGUGGUGAGGUUUAUUUGAACAAAAAGGAUUUCGAAGCAGCUGUGCGUGAUCUCGAAAAGGCUUAUGAGAUAUCAGAGGGACGAGAUAACCGCGUGCGUCAAUUGUUACAAAAAGCCCAACAAAAACUGAAACUGUCGAAGAAGAGAGAUUACUAUAAGAUCUUGGGUGUAUCUCACGAUGCAGACAGUCGUGAAAUAAAGAAGGCAUAUCGUAAGAAGGCUCAUGAAUGGCAUCCCGAUAAGUAUAAUGGUGAUCUGUCUAAAGAAGAAGUCGAAAGUAAGAUGGCUGAGAUCAAUCAGGCCUAUGAAGUAUUGAGUGACGAGGAUAAACGACAACAAUAUGAUAAUGGAUUUGAUCCCUUUGAUCCUGAGCACGGGCAAGGUGGUGGUGAACAUGGUGGGGCUGGUCCUAAUGGUUUCCCCUUCCAUUUCGCUCAAGGUGGUGGAUUCCCAUUUGGUGGAUUCCCUUUCAGCAGUGGCGGUGGUCCUUUCGGAGGUGCUGGAAAUGGUUUCCCUGGAGGAGCUCAGUUCAAAAUGCAUUUCGGUUAA